CUAGAGCAGCUGUGAGUACUGUAUCUUGGCACUCUGAAGCUAUUGGCUCCUCUCUGGGGAGUGGAGGGUGUUCAGUUAUUAAUGAUCGCUGAGCAGGCAGCACCAUGUCAGUGUGACAAGUGAUCGGGUGAAUGAUGCAGCACUAACCACCAGCACCACAGAAAGGAGGAGAAGGGGGAGAGUCUACACAAGCAACAUCUCUGUAUUGGAUUGUCAGCAUCAGCCACAGAGAAACAAAGCACUGGCAGCUAUGAAGGAUCUUAGCAGGCGGCAGGCAGCCCUGUUCACGGUGCAGGAUAUGUGCAAGUGCAGACAACUAUAAAUGUACCUAUUUAUCCCCAGUUUUCAGUAUUCACUGCAGUCUCGUCUAAGGAAAUUGCAGAGGACACACACACAGUUCUUGGCGGAUCUCUAGGCUACAAAAUCUACCACUAUUCAGAUAAAGGAAUUUAAUGCUUCUAAGCAAGCUGCUUCAUCAAUGGCCACCUCCGGAAUCUAUAUGAACACAGUGGCAUUUUAAUGUACAUCAAGACCAGAGUGACAGUAUGUGGGGAUCUUCUAAAAAAUGACACUUUUUUCCCUGAAAAGGAAUACUACACAUUUGUCCAGUUAAAUAUAAGCAAAGUUCUCGCAAAGUGACCAUUUUGCUAUCAAUAUAUAACUGACGACGAUAACCUGCUGAUUCAGCACAACAAGACCAUUAUUAGGAACUGAAGAAAAGAAAAUGAGAGAAAUAAAACUUAGACUAAACCUACUACUUGGACUAAUUUUUGCUGCAGCUGCGCACUCUACUACUAAAAAAAUAGAUUGUCCACAACUGUGCACGUGUGAAGUUCGACCAUGGUUCACACCAAAAUCCAUUUACAUUGAAGCUCUUACAGUGGAUUGUAAUGCAUUAAAUCUUAACAGCAUCCCAGAGAGGUUACCUGCAAAUACACAGAUUUUACUUUUACAAGCAAACAACAUUGAAGAAAUUAAGGAUGCAGAUUAUUUUCCAGUAAAUCUUACAGGGCUGGAUUUAUCUCAGAACAAUCUGUCCUCCAUGGUCAAUAUCAAUUUUACACAUGCCCAUAAGAUACUUUCUGUGUACCUUGAAGAAAAUAAAUUAGUAGAUCUGACCGAGGAUUGUUUUUCUGGGCUGAAAAAUUUACAAGAGCUCUACAUUAACCAUAAUCUAAUAUCCACAAUUUCACCAAAUGCAUUUGUUGGGGUGGGCAACUUACUCAGACUACACCUUAAUUCAAAUAGAUUGCAGUUGGUUAAGAGACAAUGGUUUGAAGCUAUGCCACGUCUAGAAAUCCUCAUGAUUGGUGAAAAUCCAAUAGUCAAAAUGGAAGAUAUGAACUUUAAGCCCCUUAUCAAUCUGCGCAGCCUGGUCUUAGCAGGAAUAAAUCUCACAGAAAUUCCUGAUAAUGUUUUCACAGGUCUGGAAAAUUUGGAAAGCAUUUCUUUUUAUGACAACCGAUUUGUUAAUGUCCCCUCAAUUGCUCUUCAGAAGGUUCUGAACCUUAAAUUUUUGGAUCUGAAUAAAAAUCCCAUUAUGAGGAUACAAAGAGGAGAUUUUAGCAAUAUGUUACACUUGAAGGAGCUAGGCAUUAAUAACAUGCCUGAUCUACUUUCAAUAGACAGUCUUGCCAUUGAGAACUUGCCUGAACUCAGAAAAAUAGAAGCAACCAAUAAUCCUAAAUUAGCAUACAUUCACCCCAAUGCAUUCUAUAGACUUCCUAAGCUGGAAACCCUUAUGCUUAACAGCAAUUCCCUUAGCGCUCUUUAUCAGAGUACUAUAGAAGCAUUGCCUAACCUUAAGGAAAUAAGCAUACACAGCAACCCUAUAAGAUGCGACUGCGUAAAUCGCUGGAUAAAUAUGAAUAAAACCAAUAUACGAUUUAUGGAAACGGAUUCCUUAUUAUGUGUAGACCCUCCUGAAUUCCAUGGCCAAAAUGUCAGGUAUAUACAUUUUAGGGAAAUGAUGGAAAUAUGUUUACCAUUAAUUGCUCCUCAAAGCUUUCCAUCAGAUUUGGAUAUGAAGACUGGUAGUUCAAUUUCACUACACUGCAGAGCAACAGCAGAACCCGAGCCAGAAAUUUACUGGAUUACACCCUCAGGCUCCAAACUCCAACCAAACAUCGUUUCUGGGCAAUUUUAUGUUAAUUCUGAAGGUACCUUGGAAAUUAAUAAUAUAAGCAUCCUAGAAGCUGGACUAUAUACAUGUGUAGCUAAAAACCUAGUUGGUGCAGAUUUAAAAGCAAUUAUCAUCAGAGUGGAUGGUACCUUGCCAGAAGAGGUCACUGAAUCUAUCAAUAUUGAUAUUAAGGAAGUUCAGACCAGUUCUAUCAUGGUGUCUUGGAAAUCAGCAUCAAGGAUUUUUAAAUCCAGUGUACAGUGGACUGCUUUCAUGAAUGCACAAUCCACCAAAAUUGCUCAGAACGUUCGGUUGCCAUCAGAUAUAAAACAAUACAAUUUAACACGUCUCAGUCCACUCACAGAGUACACCAUUUGCAUUGACGUACCCACUAUCUAUGAACAAAUUGAAAAGCAGUGUAUAAAUAUCACCACUAAAGGACCAGACACCAUGUCUAAACAUAAUAAAACCUUUAAUUCUUCUGCAAUGAUUAUCAUUUUGGGAGGAAUUUUUGGAAUCAUUAGCGUUUCAUACUUUUUCAACUAUAUAUCUUUAUAUUUGAGAGGUAACUCUGAUCAAAAAUAUUCCAGGAAUCUUCUACAGACACCAACAUUUGCUUAUAAUGACCUAUAUCCUCCUUUGUUGAGUCUUUGGAAUGUCGGCAAGGAAAGCACAUCUCUUGAGGUCAAAUCUACAGUUAUACAAGUACCAAGUCUUAUCCCAUAAAAACCACUGAUUUGGGAGCUUAACCUAUGGAAUACAAACAAGCACAAGUUUUAGCUGUGCUAUUGAACAAGAUAAAAUACUGUUUUCUAGAAGUGAAAAAAAAAAUAACUAUGUCACUGCUGCCUAAAAAGUAUCCCUGGUAAAUGGCUUACUAUUUAUUUUAAGCCAAACAAGCAAAAGCUUCAUUGAGACGACAAUAUAUAUCUAUAAAUAAAGCCGAGAACUAUGACCUUUUUGUUAAAUACAAAAUAAAAAUAUAGCUUAUGUUUUAUGUAUUUGUUUUCUACAUUUUACUGUAGUCGAACUGAGCAAUACCUCCUUCUGUGAUGUAUUACACAUUUUAGCCAAGAGUUUUGACAAGUGACAAAAUAAAAUAGAAUUGGCACGUGGUGUAAUGAAAAUGGCAUUUCUGUAGUGUAGUAGAUAGAGACAGUAAAUAUGUAAAUCUUUUUUAUGGAAAAAAAAACAUUUUUUGAUUAAUAAAACUUACUUGUACCAAG